AUGCCAGAAGGAAUCGGUUUUGGUGUUUCAGCACUGGACAGCUCUCACUUUGUGAAGCAAUUUGUCUCAGCUGAUGGGAAACUUGAAAAUGUAGGGCUUUGCUCAACAGCAUCUCUUGCCACAAGUGCUACCAACAUGGAACCUCUAAUGAUGACCAUCCCCGAGUUCCUGUUGGAAGUGUCCAUAGUAGUGAUGGGUGUUGUCUCCUUGGUGACCAACAUGUCAGUGCUGCUGUGCUUCACCCAGAGCUCAGAGUUGAGGUCCCAUGUUCCAGGAAUCUUUGUCCUUAACUUGUCAUUCUCCAAUAUCCUCCUGGCUUUCAUCAAUAUGCCGGCCACCUUUUUCGGGGUGGCCAAAAGCGGAGACCCCUUCGGGAACUUGUUUUGCCAAAUGGUCAGCUUUGCGGAGACUUUCCUCACCACAAACAGCAUGUUGAGCAUGGCAGCUCUGAGCCUGGACAGGUGGAUCGCCGUCAUGUUUCCUCUGAGCUAUUCCAGUAAGAUGCGCUACCGGGAUGCUGUCUUGAUGGUGGUCUACUCCUGGAUGCAGUCCCUCGCUUUCUCUUUGACACAGCUGCUCAUGAACUGGGGGGGCUACAACCACACGUAUGCCUCGUGCACCGUUAGCCUGGCAGCAGAGGGAAGGUCGCAGCUGGCCGCCUACGCCACCUUCACUGUGCUGCUCCAUUGCAGCAGCUUUACUGUCAGCCUGGCCGUGCUGUGCUUCUCCUACCUCAAAGUUCUGAGUGUGGCCAAGUCCCACUGCAAGAGGAUUGACGUAAUCACAGUGCAAACUCUGCUCUUGUUGGUUGACAUUCACCCCAGUGUGAAAGAAAGGUGUUUGUCAGAACAGAAGAAGAGGAGACAGCGUGCCACAAAAAAAAUUUGCAUCUUCAUCGGCUCUUUCAUUUUCUGCUUUUCACCCUAUGUCAUAACAAGAUUAGUCGAGCUGUUGCCCUCCGUGCACAUCCCGCAGUACUGGGGCAUCACCACCAAAUGUCUUUGCUAUGCCAAGGCUUCAAGUGAUCCGUUUGUCUACUGUCUACUACGCCAUCAGUACAGAAAGGUUCUGGUUCGUGUCAUCGGACGCUUUGUGAGAAAGGAUCAUUACUUAUUGUCUGCUAGCACCUGGAGCAGCACAUUUGACACAACAGAAGACAAUUGGGCAGCGAGAACAACAUGA